AGUCGUAUGACUUGAAGUUCAAGGACAACGAAUAUUGGCCAGAUUCGGCCAUCGGUGGUUUCCCUGCGUUGCCCGAGUUCAGUAUCUGCAUUUGGUUCAACCUCGAUGGAGCUAAACCAAAGCAAAGAAAUUUGGGUCCUAUGAAGAUUUUAGAUUACGUGAACAGUGCAGACAUCAUCAAGUCCUUUCCAAUCUUUUAUAUUGAAUCGUCAAUUAAUGAAGGUGACACACAAGGGUACAUUUCUUUCAUGAGCGAGAGACGCGGAGCAUCGUUAUACUUUGACAAAGGCAACAAAUGGCAUCACUUUUGCCUUACACGAAACAGCAUCACAGGAGAAACCACCCUCUUUCUUGACGGCGAGAAUAAACUCACUGACGUAUAUUCGGAAGGCCUGACUCCUUCAUCAGAGGGAAGGAUGCGUAUUGGAGGAUUUGCAAGAACAAAUUUUGAAGGAAAGAUAUCAGGUCUCAACAUUUGGAACAGAGUCUUAUCAGAUGAAGAGGUUCAUAAAAUGGCUCAGUCUUGUGAUGAUAGCUCAGGGAGUUUUAAAGAUUGGUACGACAUCAAAAGUGAAUUGACCAUGAAAAAAUACAUACUCCACGAACCUUCGAGGUGCAUGGCAUAGGAAGAAGAAACGCCUAAAAGCAACAGCUAAAUUAAUAAAAUGUUGAAAAAUAUGUUGAGACUUUUGCUCAUUAAAAAC